AUGUCGGGCCCAUACCGACCUGGAUAUCCCGGAAAUGGAGGAACACCAUUAAGCCCGGCUUCACAAGCAAAUCAAUCAGUUUCCUUUAAGACCGACAUUAAUCGCAAGAAGACGAAGAAGUGGGUCGCUGCCAAAUCAUACUCCUACGACGGCGAUGACUGGGGUGAUGAUGACGCCAACGAGGAGGAAGAAGACGAAGUAGAAGAAGUGCCUCCGAUGCCGAGUACGUCUCGCUUUGCUCCAGCGGCGCAACAGGCAGCGUCGAAUCCUGCCGUUGCUGCAAAUUCAAUUACCGGAUCUUCGUCAACAACACAGGCGCCAGCUUUUGUUCGGCCUGCGGAUAUCUACAGACGGAUGCAAGAAGGAAACGAAUCAGGGCACAGGUCGCAUGACUCUGCUCGUUCGAAUACAUUUUCUGGAGAAGUUGCUGCUCAAGGUACUAGCCAAAACGUACCACCGCAAUCAGCGGGGGAUAAUGCGCGAUCACCGUCGCCGUUAGUCAUACCCGAAGUUAAACGAUUGUCUGGAUUUGGACAAGAUUUCUUUGGAGGCGGAAACCAACCUGAGCAGGCGGCGCAAACUACACAUGUCGCAGAAGCUCAAGUGACAGAUAAAGGUUCGUCUUUGCACCAUAAUCCAUCUCUCGGCUUCAAUUCCAUCGUACAUCAAGCAUUUGAUGUGGAAGAAACGCCAAACUCCAGUACUGCAAGCUUUAGCCGCUCAAAUAGCGACGGCACAUCUGUCAUCAGUCCGAUUAUCAGUCCGUGGAAGUCGGAGACUGACAAGACGCCCACUAUUGCAGAAGAUCCCACGGCGGAAGCGUCUGCGCAAGCGUCUGCGCAAGCGUCUGCGCAAGAGCCACCCGCCAAUUUCAAGCCAGGUCAUCGACGUGACCUGAGUUUGCCAUCGCCCGGAAACGGCCCGGAUCGAGUUCCGACAGUGGUCAAUGCUGAUGAAGGUCAAUCUGCUGAAGUAGUCCGAUCAUCUUCUCAAGAUAGCCAGGUUUCAUCGGACUUGGAUCGUGCAGAGUCUCCAAUUAGGGACCAAACUGGGUCUGGGGAAGCUACUCCCCGUCCCUUGUCCGCCGUUCAUGACUCUUUUGAUCGUUUGAAGUUGGACUCUACUCCGGCGGAGAAUGUUGGACAAUCAAGCCAAGAUGGUCAGCCAGGUGCACCAUCACCGCUUCAAAUACCUAACGAACCGUUACAACACAUUCCACAGAUCGCGCCACCCGUGGUUACUGAUGACUCUCCUCUUACGGAAGGGUCUCCUCAGGAUAUGGAAAGUGAUCGUCUCCGAAAGGAGAUUAUGCGCUCUUUCAGCAGUGACAAUGUAUCCAGUGUUCCUCUCACGACACAGUCCCAGGAUAUCACAUCUGUCGAGCCCAAGUCUCGGCCUCAGCAUGAGAGUACAUAUUUGCCAAGCGAAUACGACAGUUACUGGGGCGAGCAGACAAUUCCUCUGACCAAUCCACUUCAAGUCAGGUCUGCUACAUCACCUGCUGAACCUGCUACUCUCAUUAUAGAUCCUCAGUCAACGGUAAAUGCUUCACUUACUGAGCCUGAACCAAGCUCUGCUAUGGCCAAGCCGCCUCCCAAAUUGAAGAAGAAAUUCUCAUGGGAAGAGUCGGACGACUCGGAAGAAGAUGUCCUUGAAGAAGCUCCAGUUUCUGCUCCAUCCAGUCAACCCCUACAGUCUCCACCAGUUGUGACUCCAGUAUCAGAUACUGCGGAUAGCAUCCCGCCCCAUCUGCCAAGUCAAGUUGAGGUAAAUCCCGAUGCCCUGAGUGAUCUUGGCAAUCGAGCAUCUUUACCGGAGUAUCCAACUGCGGAGAAGGAAGUCAUUGAUCAUCUCGAAAAGCAAGCGGAAAACACCGAAAGCGACCUUGAAUAUCUUGCACCAAUUCAGGAGCCGGAACCGGAGCCUUCCACACCCGGUGAAGUAAAUGACAAUGUAACGCCUCAAGCCCAGCCUGCUCCGUCCGCAGUUAAUGAAGCAUCACUGCCGACUUUCCGCAAAAUCAUUCAGAUACCAUCGCCUAGUGAAAGAAUUAAACUGUUCAACGACACACGAGAGCAAUUCGCCCAAAUUGAUACCGGUCUAUCAGACUGGAUUCGACGGUCAAGUGAAUCUCUUCCCGAACACACAGAUUUGAUUCAAGCAAAUGGCCGACUUCCAGGCGGCGCACCAACUACUGGUUUACCCCCUAGAGCAAAGUUUCCAAAACUGUCGUCUCUCGGAAACCUAUCUUUGCCGUCUGGAUCAUCACACGGCACAGAAAACUCCUCUUCCACGUUCACGCCUACUCAUGCAAGGCGAUCAUCGGGCUCGCAUCUCACCGGCGUGAUAAAUAGAUCGAAUGUUGAAUCCAAAGGAAAAGAUUUCCUUCAUAGCGCUGGAGCGCUAGGUGGGAAGGCUGGCGGAGCUGCGCGGGGAUUAUUCGCCAAGGGCAAGAGCAAAUUGCGAGGAGCCGACAAGGUAGAUUGAUUUUCUUUCCUUACUCCAUAUCUUUGUCUAAUUUCAGCAUCUUAAUGUUUAUGACUUUUUGACUCUUUUUGGGCGAUUAUCAUCUGGUUUAUCCUUGAGUUUCUCAUGAUUAGCGCGUAGUUCAAGGGUUUUAUGGGACCAGCAUGAUGAUGAGAAAAGGAGACAAUGUGUUUCCCUCUUGAUGUAUAUGUUACCUUUUUUUCAGCUACACGAGAAAAUUUUCUAGUUUUAUAUGAUCUUUUC